UCGCGUCACCGCAUACAAGUUACCCGGAUGUCACACGUCCCCGGAAGUGACCUAUCUAAAAUGGCGAAAGGUUCAGUAGUGUUAUAUCUAUUUGCUGUGGCAGUAGUGGGUCAGGCUCUGACACCAUCCACAUUCCUGACCACUGUUGACAGGGAUAGAUUGCGAUCAGUGUUUGAAUCUGCACAGCCAUACACAGAUGCAGCUAAUGCCCACUACUCUAUUUUGGGCCUUAAACUCUUGGGUGCCACAAUACCCAAGGAGCAGGAAGUCUGCAGAUCAGUGACUUCUUCAGUGGAUGCUAACAGUGUAGCUUCCUGGUUUCAUGCCUCCACUGCGGCCAAGGCCCUGUCUGGAUGUAAACUGUCAGCAGGAAAUGCUGAGAAGGUUCUAAAUGCUGCAGUAGCCGAGGACAGCAGUGUGGCCGAUAUAUACUAUGCUUACUUUGCAUUGAAAAACCUCGGUCUUGCAGUUGAUGGAAAGAAAGUUUCUGCAGCGCUUGCAGAGGCAUUAAAGAAGGACGAUUCUCCAUUGAGCCACAGUUACGCAUUCCGUGUAGUGACGGAGCUGAAUUCGGAUCUGAAUAAGUAUUUUGAUCUUAUAGAAGAUGUUGUUGCCCAGGCUGAUGAGGUGGAUGAAAAAUACUUGCAGUUUGAAGGUGGAUUAUUUGUCACUGCCUUUGUUGUGGAUAGCUCCUAUUCCCUUGCAGGAAAAGUUGGAAAAGCCCCAACCAUUUCUCAGGAUAAAGUACUGAAGUUCUCCAACUACUUUUUGAGUCGUAAACAUGUCCAUCAACUCAAGUCAGCAUAUGCUCUUCUGUCAGCUGUCAACACACUCACAGCUAAUAAGUUCCAUGUACCAGUUGCUGUUACUCUCGCCACCUCAGUGUCUGUGAGCUCAUCUAAACCAGUCGUACAGGUGAGAGUAACAAACUUGAUGGGUGGCAGUCUAGGUAAAUUGACUGUGACAGCAGACAGUGCGAAAAACCUUGGUGACCAGUCUGUUGUUGUGAGCAAGAAACAGCUCAAAGCUACCAAGGAGGAUUCCCUGUUUGAAAUGGACUUUAUGGCCAACAAACCAUCAAGUGGCUUCUACAAGGUAACAAUCAGUGUUGAGCCGCAGAAAGCUGACAGUCGCUUAAUAGGUACAACAGGGGCCUCCGUGACUGUCAAGGUUACCGCUCAAGUCUCUCUUGAAGGUGUUGAAAUCGGAGUCGCAGACAAGGACCAGGGUUCAGCUCCCAAACCUACAAGGGUUCAGUACCCACAGAAAGUAGGUGCCACCCUGGAAGCAGAUUUCCACCAGAAGCUGAUCAUGAAGUUUACGUUGAAAGAUAAAACGUCUGGCAAUUCUUUCAAGGCCCAUCAAACAUUCGUCAAGUUGACAAACGUAGACUCUAAACAGGAGAUCAUAUUUGUUGCCGAGGCUGAUUCCAGCAAUGUGAACAAGUUUGAUUUGAAUGUUGGAGGAAGUGCUAAAGAUUUUGGCUACAAGUCCGGCAAAUACAAUGUAGAGCUGAUUGUUGGUGAUGCCGUUAUUGAGAAUCCUAUCUCAUGGACAGUGGCUGAUGUAGCUCUGACCUUCCAAGAGGAACCAUCUGCUGGCAAGAAAGUAGAUCAGUAUGCCAAGAAACCAGAAAUCAAGCAUAUGUUCCGGGAACCAGAGAAGAGACCAUCAAAGACGGUGUCACUGGCAUUUACAGGAUUAGUUCUUGUGCCCUUUGCCAUUCUCUUCAUUUGUUGGAUGAAGAUUGGAGUGAACAUUUCAAACUUCCCAUUCUCCAUUAGUGCUGUAGGAUUCCAUGUCUGCCUUGGUGCUCUGUUUGGUCUGUAUUAUUUGUACUGGACAACAUUGAACAUGUUUGAAACUCUGAGAUACAUCGGCUUGUUAGGAAUUCCAACAUUUAUAUUUGGAAAUAGAUUACUUAGCAGUAUAGCCGCCAGAAGGAAAGGGGAGAAGUCCUAGGAUACAAGAAUAUUAGCUGGAGUGUAUGUGAAGGUCCAUGAUUAAUAAAAUAAAAAUGUUUUUAAAUGUUAGUUUGUUAAUCAAAUUAAGGCUUGUAUUCUGUGUAUGCAGAAUUUAUUGUCUGUGUCCGUAAUCACUUUAGUUUUUGCAUGGGUGACAAAUCAGGAGGGUUUAAUUUGUUAUUUUCAUUCAGAAACUGAUGUGAAAUUCAGACACAGACCACAGGUUUUGUGUGCAUGAAAUAUCUGCCUAUAGCAAAACAGUGAAAAUUUGUCCAAAGAUAUUUGUACUAGCUUCAGCACCUGUGUUGUAAAAGGAAAACUCGGAAACCAUAGAUAUAUGAAUUGUUUGUUUAUAAUAUAAGUUUACAUGUACACAGUUACCAUUGGUUAAGGUUGAUCUUCAAUUUGUUUAUACAGUGUACUUUUCUUUGCAUUUACAUUGGUGAUACAGUCUAUCUCUUUCUUGAAAAUUUGUAUAAAAAGAGGUAAAUUUCAUGACAUUUUAAUUCAAAUCAUUUAAAAGCUUUUAUUUAUGUAGUCAUAGAAAAUAGAAGUGCUUUAUUUUAUUAGAAUGUACAUACAUGUUUACCUCUGUUGUUGGUAUAAAGUCUUAUAAAAAUAGAUUUAUUUAAUGCAUUAUAUUAAACUUUUCAAGCAUUUAUGCUUUAAAAGGUGCAAUAUUUUAUGUCAAAAUUGUUACUAGUAUACCAAGUGAAGAAUUUCAGACCUGACCUGGGCUAAAUUUAGUUCCUCUUUCAAGAUUUUAUGUACAUUUUACGUCUACGAAGGAUUUUGUUUUCUUUCCUGUUAAGCAUUCCAAUGUCGAAUGUCAUGUGAAAACAUGCAAUAAGUAUUUUCUCUCAAGUACUUACAGUGUUUUUGUUAUCAACAAUAUGUGUGAAAAUGAUGUCAUUUUAAUCAGAUUGUUAUUAUUAACCUUUAGCCUGCUGGGGGAAAGUACUGCCUUUGCGACCAGUGCAGGCCAAAAUCAAUCUGCACAUUGUUCAUAUAGGCUAAUCUUGAUCUGCACUGUUCUCUAUUCAUUCAGCAAAUUUUCUGUGAACACCCCUUCAAAUGAAAAUGGUACUGUCCAAAUUGAAUGAUGGGCCAGUCCAUUUUAGAAAUUUAGCAGGGUAAAGGUUUUGUUGUAAAUAAAAUCAAGAAAAAACAUUGAAAGAUUUUCUAGACAAUAUAAUGUAUAUUAUUCAUUAAAGUUUCUAUUUUGGCAGCACUUCAAUAUUUUCAUGAGUAAGAGACAGCAGUGAAUGAUGAUAUGUUUUAUUCAGAAAUCCAUGAUUCUAUUGUGCUACUUGUUUAUGAAAGAAUGAGAAUUCAGAUUAUAGAAAUCUGGUCUGACCAUGGCAUAUCACACACAGUACCCAGUAGGAACUUCUCAAAGAUUUUGAAACCAAAUUUUUUGUUAAAUUAUCAUGACUGUUGUAAUUUUUGUGGGUGAAUGUGUUUCAGGUGUGACGGUACAUGUUGCUAGGAUUAUGUGUGUAAAUUUAGUAUUUCUAUUGAAAUAAAAUUAUCUUUAUAUGUUCA